GUGUGCUCAUUAUCAUUAGAUAUUCUCACCAUCGUUAUUGCGUUGAAUAUUAUUUGUUAAGAAUGUUAUUUAUUAAAAGUUUUUUCGUAAUUUUAGUCUUAGUGCAAUUUGUUUGUGGUGAUUCAGAUUUGAAUCAACAUAAUCGUGCUUUUGAUCAAAGUAUUUACGAAGAUGCGUUGGAUUCAGUGCUCUGUGAAGAACAUCUUGCUUACAUACAGAAUGACUUAUUGCUCACAGCACAAUUUAUUGAUUCUGGCCUAAGAGCACCUCGAGGGAUUCUGGAAGGGAACACCGUAGAUCUGGGCAACUACCACCAAUGCUUGAGUAUAAAUCGUCAGCUUGAAGACUCGGAACUACAAGGAAAGUACUGUUUGAUCAAAGUACCGUUAAAUCAGAACAUAGAGUUACCUGGACUUGAUCUAAGGAAGGCAAAAGAAUGGAAUCUCCAAGAUAUCAGCUCCAGAAUGAACAUGUUUGAGGAAAUGAAUCUGGGAGCUAAGGGAUUGACGGGAAUCGUCAGCAAUUAUUCAAGGUUAUCGCCUGAUAGUCCUUUAGCCAGUUUGGAGCUCAUGCUAGCAGUAUGCAUACCAAAAACCUGUACAACUGAACAAGCAUUAUCAUCAAGCAUACUGACUGAAAUUGGCUUUCAAUAUGAAGAAGAGCUAUGUCGCUUACCCAAUGACAAGCCUUGGGUACCAGGAGAUUAUGUGGCUCUGGUGCUUUUCUCUUUGAUUGGCCUUCUAACUCUUGUAAGCACAAUGUAUGACGUUUUUGGUAAAUUCGUUAAGAAAAAUGAAUUCCAGAAGCCAAAUUACAUAAUAUUUUCUUUAUACACCAACUGCCGACGUUUGUUGAAUUUUUCGUCGGGACCUGAUGCGUUACACUGUUUGGAUGGUAUCAGAUCUUUGGCCAUGCUAUGGGUCUUGAUUGGACAUACCUUUAGCACUGUGGAUUUUUGGAGCAAUCCCUUAGUUGGAAUGGAGUGGCAGUUGUCACUUAACGCCUUGUGGUUGGUGUCAGCUACUAUCACGGUGGACACGUUUUUCAUGUUGAGUGGUCUACUGGUAGUUUAUACAACGGUUGGAAAGCUGAGUGGAAUAAAACUUAUCAAGAACAUUCACCUUUUCUAUCUCAACCGCUUACUACGCAUAUUCCCCGUGCUAGCAACAGGAGUUCUCAUAGAAGCUUCUUUACUGAACCACUUCUCUGAUGGUCCCUACUGGGUGGAGGUGUCGAACUUGGUAGAGAGGUGUCGGGGCAGCUGGUGGACUACUUUGCUGUACAUACAAAAUUAUUACAGCCCUACACCAAUGUGUCUGGGCGUGGGCUGGUAUCUGGCAAUUGACAUGCAACUACAUAUUCUGUCACCUUUGGUAUUAUUUUGGGUGCUCAAUGGGAAAAAAACAGUCGCAAGAGUUGCUCUGGCAGUGGCUUUCUUACUUCAUCUGUCAGCUACUACUGCAUACAACUUUGUCAUGGAAUUCCCUUCAACGACUUUUCACCCGGGGCGUACGGACGACGUAAUGCUCUACGUCAAAAAUUACUACAUAAACACGUUGACUCGUGCGACACCGUUCAUGGUCGGUAUGAUUGUUGGUUACAUCCUGGCCUGUAGUCGAGGCAAAAAGGUUCGGCUGUCAAAGCCAAUCGUCGUUUUGGGUUGGCUCUGUACAGCAGCGCUGCUGUUAUUCGUCAUUUACUGCUCUAACCCGAUCAUACAGCCAGAGUGGGAUAAUCAGAUCGCAGACAGCUUUUAUAAUUCGUUUAUUAGAGGGACCUGGGCUGCUGCCUUGGGCUGGCUGGUAUUUGCCUGUGUACAUGGAUAUGGAGGGCCUGUCAACUGGUUCCUGUCACUUUCUCUGUGGAAGCUGCCAGCUCGACUGUCCUUCGCCAUGUACAUCUUGCACUUCGGCCUGAUGGUAGUGGUCAACUCCAGCGCUCUUGCUCCAAGGUUCUUCUCAGUGAAUAGUGUUAUGUACACGUUCCUGGGCCAUUUCUGUUUAGUAUUCAUGGUGUCCUUCGUCGUGGUACUUUUCAUAGACGCCCCGUUCUCGGUGUUGGUUAAGAAAGUUCUAAGUGGUGUUCCCAAAGGUGCAAAAAAGCCGAUGACAGAGACCGAGAAUACAAGAGAAAUUAAUAAAGAAGUGUAGAUUAAUCUUAUUUCAUGUGAUUUUGAUUUAAAUAAUUAAAAUGGUUGAAAUAUAAAUAGAUCUAUGUAAAA